AUGGUGCCUGAUGAGUUUCAAGUUCAUGAUAACUCUGGUUAUGUUGUUCAAUUUGAGGUUCAUGCUAAUCUUCUUGUUAUGUUCUUGAGCAGCCCGGAGAUCUGUACCUGGCAAAUUGAGAGAUUAAAAAUGGGUGAUGAUUCUAGUCUCGAGAGUGACAAUUUUGAUUGGAAAACUGAUGAUGAACUUGAGAUUGAGAGCUUUAAUUCCUUAAGUUCAACUAUUCCAAGUAGACAAACUAUUACUGCUGCGUCUGUAGAAGCAAGGUCCUCUGCAGGUCCUUCUAAUACCAAGGUCUUGGACCAUUUCAUUAGCAUGGGAUUUCCUGGAGAAGUUGUUUCCAAAGUAAUCCAGGAAUAUGGCGAGGAAGAUGAAGAUAAACUACUUGAAGAGAUUCUCACAUAUUCAGCUCUAGAAAGUUCUUCUCAGCAGCAUCAGCAAGUUGAACCAGAUCCCACCUCUUCAGAGUAUGCAGGGAGCUCAUGGGAUGAUUUAUCAGAUGGGAAUUCUUUUUCUGAUGAAGAAACACCAAAAUCUGUUUCUAGGAAUGAUGAUACACUGCUGUCUCUGGUAAACAUGGGAUUCAAGGAAGAGGAGGCUUUAAUGGCCAUAGAAAGAUUAGGUGUGCUUCGCCUAGACUCCUCACUUGACGAUCUGGUCGAUUUUAUUGGUGUUGCUCAACUGGUGAAAGAAGAAGAUUCCCUUCUGCCUCCUGAAGAUAAGGUACAACAAUGCAGCGGGCAUCCAAAACCAAGAAAGCGUAGUCUUUAUGAAUAUGAAGUGCUAGGAAAGAAAAAACGAAAGGUGUCUGACAAGAGAACUCCAUGUGAAGAGGAGGAUGAUGGCCAAACACUUAAUCUGCCCAACCCAAUGAUGGGGUUUGGGGUUCCCAACGAGCCAAAGUCUAUAAUUACACACCGGACACUCCCUGAGAAUGCUAUCGGACCUCCCUACUUCUACUAUGAAAAUGUGGCAAUAACACCGAAAGGUGUUUGGCAAAAAAUAUCUAGGUUCUUGUAUGACGUGCAGCCGGAAUACGUAGACUCUAAAUAUUUUUGUGCUGCGGCUAGGAAAAGGGGAUAUGUUCACAAUCUCCCUAUUGCCAAUAGAUUCCCGCUUUUACCUCUUCCACCACGGACAAUACUUGACGCAUUCCCCCCAUUGAGGAGAUGGUGGCCAUCAUGGGAUCCUAGAAAAAAUCUGAAUUGUUUGCAAACGGUACACGGCAGUGCACAAACCACCGACAGAAUCCGGAAAAAGCUGGAAAGUUGUGAAGAAUUUGAAGAACCAUCGGAAUCUGUCAAGAAGUAUGUUUUAGAACAAUGUCGAAAAUGGAAUUUGGUAUGGGUGGGCAAGAAUAAAGUUGCCCCCCUAGAGCCCGACGAAGUGGAAAUGCUGCUGGGCUUCCCUAAGAAUCAUACAAGGGGGGGUGGAAUCAGUCGGACCGACAGAUUCAAAUCACUUGGAAAUUCUUUCCAGGUAUGA